CCACGAGGGGUCGGUGAAUGCUUAAUUGCCUUGCCUUUCACGCCCAUUUCUUCUCACCAAAUUUAACGUCGACUAAAAAUCACAGCUGCUUCUUCUUCUUCCGAUUCUACAAAUUAAACCAUGCUAGAUCCUGCGACAAAAUUUCCUGAAAUCAAUCAUGUACAUUUUUCCAAUGGCCGAGUAACCGACAGUUUUUCUGCCAGAAAUUAUGGCUUCCGAGCUCAGAAAACGGCACAGAAUUAUGCCAACUACCAGACCUGGAAUAGCUUGCCUGAAUUUGAAGCUGAGAGGAAGCUUAUAGAUGAUGACGAUUCUGCGGUUUCUUCCCCUCCUUUAUGGGGGACGAGUCCAUCCAGAAGCCCCCAACAUCGCCAAAACCAUUAUAGAAGUCUUUCUCCUUCGUCGAGAGCUCAAGCGAUUGCUAGAGGUCAGAAGGAGCUCAUGGAGAUGGUGAGUCGAAUGCCUGAGGGAUGUUACGAGUUAUCUUUAAAAGAUAUUGUAGAGCAGAACAUGGUUGAUCAGGCUAAGGAUGAAAGUUUUAGUAAAGAAAGGAGUAUAACAAGUGAAUACAUGUAUACGAGGGAAAAAUCGGCGAAGAAAAAGAAUGAUAAAAAAGUGCAAAUGAACAGAAGUGGAAGCAUAGACAAUGGAGGGUUUCUUCUGAAGAUGGUGUUUCCAUUUUCUUUGGGUUCAAGAAAGAAGAUGAAGAAAAACAGCAACAAUAAUAAUAACUUAGCGAUGAAUAAUAGUGCAAGAGAUGGAAGGGUGUCUCCAAAGCCUCUGCUAUUGGAUGGAUCUGCUAAAGGUGUAGAAAACGAGUGGUGGAAGAACAGAUUCUCGGAGUCGGGGGAAAGUGAAAGUGGUGGAUUAAGUAGCAAUAGUGGAAGCUCAAAAAGCAGUGGCAGCAGCAGCAGUAGAAGUAGCAGCAGAAACGGCUGCACCAGGAAUGGAGGAGUUGGUUGCUGGUCUGUCAUUUUCAGGAAGAGGGGGAAGAAGACAGACAUAAAGGAUGAAUCUCUUACAUGACUCAACGAAGCCUUCUUCACAAAUUAGUUGAAUGAAUCAAUAGUUGCUCUUUGGGGCAGGCUAUAUUUGGUCUAGUUAAGACUAUAAUCAUUCCUAGAGGGAGUUAAAAGAAGGAUAUCUGAAGAAUCAGAAAAUAAAUUGGUAUAUAUGUAUAGGUAUAUUUUAGAGUAAGAGAUGCCACAUUCCAGAGUUGCAAUAUAGAAUGUAUAUUCUUACAGAUGCUUGAAGAGUCUGCUAUGAUUGUUCAUUUACCUCUCUUUUCCAUUUUUUGCUUUGUUCUUUGAGAUCUAUAUAUAAAUACCAUCUUUCCUUA